UGCCUGUGCCUGGGUCCUCAGCCUAAACCGGGGAGCAGCUGCACCCACAUACGCUUGAGUUCUGUGUCCUCCUUUAAACACAAACUUUUAUACUUCUCGGUGACAGACAUUGCACAGAUGUUUUGAAGGCAUUUGACAAGCACCACGUUGAAUGAUGUUUGUCCCCCAAUUGGGAAGGUUCAACUCCUGUUGCCAUCAAUAGGAGUCCAAGAGACGUGCCACUGAGCAUAGAUUUUAAUUUCCUGCACCAUUAAUAUAUAUUCAUAUUUAAGAACAUGCCGAAAUACUAAGGCUUAAUUUGUUACCUCUCCAGGGUAUUGUUUUGAACAAUGUUAAGUUGUCCAUGAAACAGUCGUUGAAAAUCGAUUCGAUUUUAAACAGAUUUGUCAUUCUCGUUUUAAAUUGUCUGUAAAUCCUACAGAAUCCUUCCAGAGAUCAUGACUGUCAUUUGGGCUUACGUAGGGUUCACAGAGGACCCCCGGCACAAAGCUGGCGUUGUACAUUUCCUACCGCAUGCUUUGGGAUCAAUUUUUCUCUCACUCGUUCCCGGUGACAUAGUGCACGUGACUGUGGUACAUUUCAGCUGUCUGUCGGUGUCUGUAUUGUGACAUGCAUCUUGUUUCAUUUUCCCACUUACUAAUCAAAAAGCCUGCUUUGCCUCUCUGACUAGUCUGUGUUUUGGAUGUCGUCACAGUUUGCUGCAGUACUUAGGAUCUAGCAUGAUUCCUCACCUGAGACUUCUUGCUGCCCUUUCUCAGCACGAAGCACCGCGGCAGUGCCAGCUGUCUUAAGUGAUUAUUAAGAAAGUUCAGAAUGUGUAUGCGUUUUUUUAUUUGUCCCACUUCAGAUAUAAGUCAGCCAUUGAAACUGCCUGAUGUCCUAGCCGUUUAAAGUCCUAGCAAAGUUACUUUAUCAGAGAGAAAAAAGUAGAAUUAGAAUGUUGUGCUCAUUUUCAUAUGGCACUGGCCUUGGAUAAGCAUCUUGAACAGUAAGAUUUGAUGCAUUUAACUGCCAGAGUAUGAAUCAACAUUGUCAUUGAGCAUUUUGUUUGCCAUCAUGCUUCCAUAUUGUCAGAAGAUGUGUUUUAUAAAUCCAUGAACUGUUUAUUUCAAAUGUAUGCAUAGGGUAAAUCACAAAUUUAGAGCCAUUGCCAGAGGCAAAGGACUAUUGUGACAGUGAUUAAAAAAUAAAAUGUUGAAUAGUUGAUAGAGUGAAAAUGUACAUAUCCAACAACUUCUCUUUGGGAAAAAGCAGCAUUUGUGAAGGAAAAGCCUGUAGAGUAUUUUGAAGAACUUGCAAAGGUUACUUUAAAGUGAAUCUGUUAAAUAUUUUAUUAAUGUCCAUGUGUUUUAAGCAGCUUUCACAAAUUUUUGGGCCACAAAAUUCAGCCAAAUGCCCAUUUCUGAAACGUGGAACAGUCGGUUUUGCACAUGUACAGAUUGGAAGCUGAUUAGGAAAUUCCAGCGAGCCCCAGGCCAUGUGCUACAUCGAAACGUCUAACUUAGAUGGUGAAACAAACUUGAAAAUUAGACAGGGCUUACCAGCAACCUCGGAUAUAAAAGACAUCGACAGUUUGAUGAGAAUUUCUGGCAGAAUUGAAUGUGAAAGUCCAAACAGGCAUCUCUACGAUUUUGUUGGAAACAUAAGGCUCGAUGGACACGGCACCGUUCCCCUGGGAGCAGAUCAGAUUCUUCUUCGAGGUGCUCAGUUGAGAAACACGCAGUGGGUUCACGGAAUAGUCGUCUACACUGGACACGACACCAAGCUGAUGCAGAACUCAACAAGUCCACCACUGAAGCUCUCCAAUGUGGAACGGAUCACCAACGUACAAAUUCUGAUUUUGUUUUGUAUCCUAAUUGCCAUGUCUCUUGUCUGCUCCGUGGGCGCGGCCAUUUGGAAUCGGCGGCAUUCCGGAAAGGACUGGUAUCUCAAUCUGAACUAUGGUGGUGCUAAUAAUUUUGGACUGAAUUUCUUGACCUUCAUCAUCCUUUUCAACAAUCUCAUUCCUAUCAGCUUGUUGGUUACGUUAGAAGUGGUGAAAUUUACCCAGGCAUACUUCAUAAAUUGGGAUCUUGACAUGCACUAUGAACCCACAGACACGGCUGCGAUGGCUCGAACAUCCAAUCUGAAUGAGGAACUUGGCCAGGUGAAAUACAUAUUUUCUGACAAAACCGGCACCCUGACCUGCAACGUCAUGCAGUUUAAGAAAUGCACCAUAGCGGGAGUCGCUUAUGGGCAGAGCUCACAGAUGGGGGACGAAAAGACGUUCAGCGAUUCAUCAUUGCUGGAAAAUCUCCAAAAUAAUCAUCCGACUGCGCCUAUAAUAUGUGAGUUUCUCACGAUGAUGGCUGUCUGCCACACGGCAGUGCCCGAGCGAGAAGGGGAGAAGAUCAUUUAUCAAGCUGCGUCUCCAGACGAGGGGGCGCUGGUCCGAGCAGCCAGGCAACUGAACUUUGUGUUCACGGGGAGAACACCGGACUCUGUGAUUAUAGACUCACUUGGGCAGGAAGAAAGAUACGAAUUGCUGAAUGUCCUGGAGUUCACCAGCGCUAGAAAGAGAAUGUCAGUGAUUGUUCGGACUCCAUCCGGGAAGUUACGACUCUACUGCAAAGGAGCCGACACUGUAAUUUAUGAUCGGCUGGCAGAGACUUCAAAAUACAAAGAAAUUACCCUCAAACAUUUAGAGCAGUUUGCUACAGAAGGGCUGAGGACUUUAUGCUUCGCUGUGGCCGAGAUUUCGGAGAACGACUUCCAGGAGUGGCGAGGCGUGUACCAGCGAGCCUCUACGUCCGUGCAGAACAGGCUGCUCAAGCUCGAAGAGAGCUACGAGUUAAUCGAAAAGAAUCUUCAGCUGCUUGGAGCGACAGCCAUCGAGGAUAAAUUACAAGAUCAAGUGCCUGAAACCAUAGAAACGCUGAUGAAAGCAGACAUCAAAAUCUGGAUUCUUACAGGAGACAAGCAAGAGACUGCCAUUAACAUUGGGCACUCCUGCAAACUGUUGAAGAAGAACAUGGGAAUGAUUGUUAUCAAUGAAGGCUCUCUUGAUGCCACAAGGGAAACACUCAGCCGUCACUGCACGACCCUGGGUGAUGCUCUUCGGAAAGAGAAUGAUUUUGCACUCAUAAUUGACGGGAAGACCCUCAAGUAUGCCUUGACCUUCGGAGUCCGGCAGUACUUCCUGGACUUGGCUUUGUCAUGCAAGGCUGUCAUUUGCUGCAGGGUCUCUCCUCUUCAAAAAUCUGAAGUCGUGGAGAUGGUGAAGAAGCAAGUCAAGGUCGUGACCCUCGCCAUCGGCGAUGGCGCCAACGACGUCAGCAUGAUCCAGACGGCGCACGUGGGUGUGGGCAUCAGCGGCAACGAGGGGCUGCAGGCGGCGAACUCUUCGGACUACUCCAUCGCCCAGUUCAAAUACCUGAAGAAUUUGCUGAUGGUCCACGGUGCCUGGAACUACAACAGGGUCUCCAAGUGCAUCCUGUACUGCUUCUACAAGAACAUCGUCCUCUACAUCAUCGAGAUCUGGUUUGCCUUUGUUAAUGGCUUUUCUGGACAGAUCCUCUUUGAAAGAUGGUGUAUAGGUCUUUAUAAUGUGAUGUUUACAGCGAUGCCGCCCUUAACCCUUGGAAUAUUCGAGAGAUCGUGCAGAAAAGAGAAUAUGUUGAAGUACCCUGAAUUGUACAAAACGUCUCAGAACGCCCUGGACUUCAACACCAAGGUUUUCUGGGUUCAUUGUUUAAAUGGCCUCUUCCACUCAGUUAUUCUGUUUUGGUUUCCACUAAAAGCCCUUCAGUAUGGUACUGUGUUUGGAAACGGGAAAACCUCGGAUUAUCUGCUGCUAGGGAACUUUGUUUACACCUUCGUGGUGAUCACCGUGUGUCUGAAAGCCGGACUGGAGACGUCGUACUGGACGUGGUUCAGCCACGUAGCCAUAUGGGGCAGCAUCGCGCUCUGGGUGGUGUUUUUUGGAAUCUACUCGUCCCUGUGGCCGGCGGUUCCGAUGGCCCCUGACAUGUCGGGAGAGGCAGCCAUGCUGUUCAGUUCCGGAGUGUUCUGGAUGGGCCUGGUGUUCAUUCCUGUGGCGUCCCUGCUGCUCGACGUGGUGUAUAAGGUCAUCAAGAGGACUGCUUUCAAAACGUUAGUAGAUGAAGUUCAGGAGCUGGAGGCAAAAUCUCAAGACCCAGGAGCAGUUGUGCUUGGAAAAAGCCUCACGGAGAGGGCUCAGCUGCUCAAGAACGUCUUUAAGAAGAACCACGUGAACUUGUACAGGUCUGAAUCGCUGCAGCAGAACCUGCUCCAUGGGUAUGCGUUCUCUCAAGACGAAAAUGGCAUCGUUUCACAGUCUGAGGUGAUUCGAGCGUAUGACACCACCAAACAGAGGCCCGAGGAAUGGUGACGGGCGGCACUGAGAGGCAGCGUCUCCACGGAGAGCCACCAGGUUGUCACGGCGACCUGCUGACCAGCUCCAGGCUGGUCCCUGGGGGGAAGGUGGAUCUGAGCUCACCUCGCUGAUGGACAUGCAGAUCCCUGUGUAUUUCAGACGUAGGCACUGUGCAACUAGACUGUGACGUUGUCUCGCUCAGAUGUUUAAAAGUGUGUGCUAAGUCUUUGUAAACAGAAAGUGAAAAUGUCCCUGGAUCUUUGCAGAGUGGCUUUCUCAAACGGAGAGUAGGUCACCGUUCUCACGCCGUCACUCUGAGGCUGUCACUGACCGUCAGCGUAUUGGCUAUGCCACGAGGUGACCAACCAUGCAAAAACUCUAAAAUGGUAUUAAGCGAAAGGGACUUUUGAUAUCCAGACUUAGAUUUCAGGAUAUGCUGAAAGAAACCAGCAUUCUUAAGGAACUGACUCACCUUCCUGAGCAAACUUUCUCCACAAGGCAUUAUUUAAGUGUGUGUGUCAAAAAUUGUCUCGAUAAACGUCUGCCGAGGAAGUUCAGUAAGUGUAUUUCUAGUGCAGUAGUCAUUUGCCCAGAGAUUUAAGAGAAAGUUACUGCCAGUUCUGCCGUAAGAUCUGCAUGCGCCACUUUUCAAAUGCAAGAGUGAUUUGCAAAAAUGAAUAUUUCAAGGCAUUCGCUACUUAAAAUCUGUGAUGUUGCACCUUCGGCCUUAUAAAUGCUUGUCUGUCAUUUGUCUUGUUUAUUUUUUAAACUUAGAGGACACCUGUGUUAGAAGUGACUCUGUCAUUAUGAGACUGAUUUUUUAAAUUGUUAUUUAUGUUUCAUUCAUUUCUAAUGAAGUUUCAUUAUCAUUUAGAUUUUUCUAAAAACCCUGGCUUGUGCCGUAGAUUGAGUGCCGUCAAUGUGUCUUCAAGUUUUCCCCCUUGAGAAAAAUACGCUGACGCAUUUGUGCGGAAUUCCCAAGGCUUCUGUUGCGAUGUUUGAAGUGACAGGUCAGGUAAAUGCAUGGGCUUUUGUGAUGUACCCAGGCUCAGCUUUGGUGACGUGUUUUGGGUCUAUCUGGUCCCCUGCAGACGCUUUGCUGUCUCACGUGGCACACCUGGCGUACGGUGACUUGUCCCUCUACUUAAGACUGAAAAUUACUUCAAGUUCACUCAUCAAGGAAGUCCCCAAACUAGUCCCACGCUGCUUAUUGGGACAAAGAAGUAGGACACUUCCUCCAUUUUAAAAAUGCCUGUUUUACUCAAGCCUGUAGCUUUACCAUUAAAGGACAGUUUUCAUCAUGAGUAGGUUUCAUUAAUGUGUUUUCAAAUGUAUGUUCAGUUUAAUUAUUUUCAGCAUUUCCAAGACAUCUCCUGAAAAAUGCCUAUUUUGCUACCAACAAUAAAUGAUGAAGGGGCUGUUUAAAAACCAACACCCGUUUUCUACACCAUUUUUUAAAAAUGCUUUCAUUUAACAAAAGAAAAGGAAUUGUCGUUUUCAGAUACACUUCAGAGAUCGAAGGAAACUAUUUGCCUUUUACUCAAAAGCCUGUUUGCCUUUCAGUGACUUACCAGCAACAUGGGGAGAACUUCCUCUUUUACGAGAGUCGACUAGAAUUGGGAAGAGGGAUGAUUUUCCAGAUCGCCCCUUGAGUUUAGUAAUUUCACAUUCUUUUCACCCUCUUUUCUCCAUCUAGAUUUAAAAUUAAGAUCUUAUGUCAUUUCCUUCUCUGUAUUUGUAGCCAGUUAUCGGUGUGCCUCCACAUUUUCUACAAAUAAGGGGUCAUAACACAGACACACAGUUCUAACCUAGAAGUAACAAGAAGUUUACAUACUGUAUUUCCUAAACCCUUCCUGUUUGAGGUUCAGAUCGAGAGACUCAUGAAUCAGAACAUCCAGUAAGACCACAGGUGUAAGAAAGGGUCUAAGAUCGUCUUCAGAACUCUGAAGUCAGAGACUUGAGCUGUCUACUGCCUGCGUGUUCGGAGCGACUCGGUGGUGGCUGGGGUCAAACCACACAGUGAUGAGAGAGCAAGGAUGAUGCACCCUCCAGAGAGACACGUCAUUGCAGUAAUGCAGAAGAACGGCCUCCAUUCGCCCUCACGUCGUUAGUGAUGUCCUUCUGCAAAAUGUUAGUACAAAAAAGUCAUGAAUAUAAUAGAAAUGAACUUUCUGACUUAAGAAAACCGUGAGUUUUAUUUUUUAUCUUGAAGUAUGGAUGGUUUCUGUGGAGCUCUUCAACAUGAGAAGAAUGCUCACGGUUAAUAACGCAUAACGACAGGAUCGGAAAUAUGGCUAAUGUAUGCCUUUCUGUCCCGUAGUCCUAUUUUUAAUUAUUGGCAUUAAGUCAAUCUGUUUGCUUCUUGGGUUGGAGGUAGGGUGCAGGGGGUGGGGAGCAACCGCCUUGGUAAAACUUAAAAUAUAACAUGGCAAUUGCACUGACGUUACAGUGUUAACUUAAAUGAGAAAACACUCUGAUUUUUUUUAACCUUAAUUUAAAGAGUCACGUGGUUUACCAGGAUUACAAUAAACAGCCGAAGUGACUUUUCACGUGUGUUUUCUGAAAUGAAGGACACAUACUCUUCAUUUUAAAGUUCCUUAUAGGGACCCUGGCAAAUGCUAACACGGUUGCUUAACGAUGUUUACAAUUCAGAAAAUACUACUUAUAGUAGGAAAUCCUCCUUCAUUUAGCUUUGCAAAGCUGGGAGUUGCUUCUUUAAUGUUGACUAGGACACGGUGUUGAGCAUAUGGACUUUCUAAAUAUUUUAUAUAUACAUAUUAAAAAUAUAUUGGGGUCUCACACCCGGAAAGAUGCUCUAUUGUUAGAAUUUAUUAGCAGGAAAACAGUGUUUCUCAGGAACGUAGUUAGAUCUCCAGUGAUGUGUGUACUGCCAUCCUCCCCUCCCAUCCCCUCCACUCUGCUCUGGUGUGAGGCUGCGUCCGCGUUGUUGCUAACUUAAUGGAAAACUGUUUCCAAUCAAGUCAGGUGAAUGUGUAUUCUGCUAAAUAACGUGAGCCAUUUCCAUCAGUUGUAGGGUCCUUCAAUGGAAUCAGUGAUUCCUCAUAAUUUCCAGAAGGGAAAAUGAAUUAUGGAAAUCAAUCAGCAUUUAUUCUGAUCGUUAAAUUUUAUGUUUUAAUUUUGCAAUUCAGCACUCUAAACAUCGAAUAGGAAAGUCACAUGGUAAUUUGUUCUACAUUGUGUGCACUGUGUGCUUAUCACCUAUCAUUUAAAAUGUUUUUUCAGGCAAUGGAUGCUAGUCAGAAAGUAGUAGAUUGUAUUAGUCAUUGUUUUUAAAUUAUUUACAACAAUAUCACUAUUAUUACAAAGCUAAUCAUGCAUGUUUAUUUUUGUGCAGUUGCCCUUUGAUAGUUCCUGGUUUUAAAACUUAUUUAGUUAAAUCAAUCUAUCACCUUAUAAAUAGUUAUCUACAAAAUGUAUGGAGGAGAUGCCCAGCCCACUCACAUCACGUGGACCAGGAAUUCUUUUUGUAACUUAAGGUAACACCGUGCAGUUUGGUGCCUAAUAAGUGCUUUUUAAUGAUGAACCUUUCUAUAAUGCCUCAUAAGAUAACCAUAGUCUGAUUUGUCUCACAUUAAAAUAACUGAGGUCACUGGUGAAACUUAGUUAUACUUUGCUGCAUUUUAAUUAACCUUCAACAGCUCUUUAAAUGGAAUGUAAGUUAAAUUCUGAAGGAAAGGAAAUAAAUGUUUUCCAUUUUUCAUCUUGAUUUAUUUUCUGUAUGAGAGCAGCUGUGUUUUUGAUAGGUUUAUGGUUUGCAUGAAUUAAUAUUUAAAGUGAUCCAGGCCAAUGCAUGGCUAUUGCUGUAAAUCUUGAUGUUUAUUUCUGCCUUAUAAAAUCCUAUAUGGCCUACCUGGAAUUUUAAUAUUCAGUGGACAAAUUAAUUGGUCCUCUACACAAAUUUUUUUAAUAAGUGGAUUAUUUUACAAACAAAUUUGAACAAAUUUAAUUGAAUCUUUUGUUUAGCUUGCCUCUAAGAACUUUUCUUAAUAGAACUCACAAAACUUCUCAGCAAAUAAAUCUCCCUUAAGUUGGAAAAAAGCUAGAUUUCACAUUUGCUUACUUUGAAUUAGCAGCAACUUUCCAUAGGUAAAUCUGCUCUUGCAAAGAUGUGAGCAGAAUGAUUUUAAAAAUAAAAAAUAUUUUUAUGUUUCAUGGUUCUAGAAUAGAAGCCAUAAAUGCAGUAAAUAGUUUGUUGUUUAACUACUUCAACCUUCAUUUUUCACAUUUUCAAGUUUAUUAGGUUAAAAAGAAAAAGUCCACCUUGGAAGGCAGCUACUAUGGAAAACUGCAGUUUGCAUUAAAGAUAAAGUAGUAUUUUCAGCUCCCUGAAAAACCAUUCCUGCUCAAACUGCUGUAGAAAUUGUGAAGCUGCAUGAGUGGAAAGUAUUGAAUCUGUGGUUUUAGUAGUUUUCUCAGGUUUGUUUAUCUUGAUGUUCGAUUGUACUGUGUUUUCUAAAUAGUUAUUAUAGUUGAGUAAUAUUCAUUUCUAUGCAGUGUUAUGUGUCAUUGGCCUUUUGUGAAUGUGCAUGUUUUAAACAUUUUGUCCUCUAAUUGUUAUUAAAAAUUAAAUAAACUUUAGCAUUAC